AUGGAUAAUCUUUUUACAAUAAACAUAAAUCCAGACGAAAAUGUUCGCUUAAAUAUAAAUACAGACCAGAAUCAGUUUGGGAAUUUCGGGGGCGAUAGGGAGGGCUUUACAGUGCCCCCCGAUGAUGAAUACAACAAAAAAAAUGGAAGCAACAGAAAUACGAAUGACAACAAUUAUAACCACUGUAGCGUAGAAGAAGAUGAAGUCAUAACCGUAGAAAUUGACCAAAUCAGCACAAACGACAGCUUUGCUAUGCUGGAAGAAUUGAACGAAGACGAAAUUAACGACUAUGAAAAUAUGAGGAAGAAAAUUCGAGCCCAUAUUUUGACCAGUUUUCAAAAGGAUAAUAUUUUAAUCGAGGACCCCGAACAUUUGGAACAAGAUUCUUUUGAGGAACAUAAGUUGGAAAGGAAUGAAAACGAAUUAUUGAAAUUGAGGAAAGAUAAAAUUUAUCUUAUCGUUUUAUCUGCCUCUCAGGAAAGAAACAAAAGGAGUAGACAAAGUGAGGCCAACAACAGAUAUUACUAUGACCCAAAUGUGGUUGGCGAAGAUGCGCAGGGGAUUUAUGAUAAUUUUGUGGAUGUCCUUCUGGGAAGGGAGGCGCCACAGAGGGGGAACAGCCAAAUAUCGAAAGGUGUAGUUUCUGCAAACGAAGAGAAAGAAAAAAACGAUGAGACAGAAGUGGAUGGGGAAAAUGCUGAUGUGGAAGGGGGUGAAGAAAACACUGCCACCGAUGUGGGUGUAGAAAAUACAGGGGCCGACUCAAUUGAUCAAGUGGGGACUGCGGAAAUGGAAGAACAGACCUUGCAGGAGGAAGAGUCCCCCCCAGUGAUCAUCGAGAAUGCGGAGGGCGAUACCGCAAAAGAGGCCAUGGAUGAAAAUGCAGAAUGUUUGACAGAAAGGUGUGCAGAAACUUGUCAAGAAAUUUGCUUAGACGAUUCCAAGUCCAACGAUGUGGUAGAUGAUUUUCGAGAAAGAAUAAAAAAUUGGCUAGUAAAAUUCCCAGAUAUCAAUUCCGAAAAUUUGUUUUUCCACUUUUACUUCCAAAGCGAAUUGUAUAAAGAAAAAAAGUACACAUGUCAGAACUGCGGAUCCAGCGAUUGCGACAGAGAGUUGACAUUCAGACAUGUGUGUAAAAAUACCUACUGCUUCCUAUGCUAUAAACGGGUGACUGGACCGAUGUGCCAUAACACCAAGACACAAUAUCUUGCAUUCAAGGCGAAUGCAGGAAAGCUUAUUAGUGAGUUAAAUUAUAUUAACUAUCCGUACAAAAGUAUAUCUUGCUUAAAUUGUUUCUCUAAUGAACAUUUGAAAUGUGGAAGGCCUCCGUACAUUUACGCCAAGCAUACGCAUAACGUUAGGAGGGAAUUUAACAGCAAGUUGGAUCCGUCCUAUUUUGUCUACUUGAGAAAUCCUAAAAAUAUAUGGAUUUUACAUGAACCCAAAACGAAUGAACGGAAGGGGAGUGGUGACGUUGAUAAUAAUGCCCUUCAAAAUGUGUACAAUCACUCCGGUCAGAGCAGCACCAAUGGUGCCAAUGGACGUGGAUAUGGACGAGGAGGUGAACGCGGCAACCGGCGCAAUAACAGACGUGGCGGCGAUAAUGGCCAAACAGCGGAAAGCCACGAACGAGUCGGCGGUCCCCCACACAACCGCCACAAGGACGCAAAGAAUUUUAGCAGCAAUCACAACGUAUACAUGGUAGACGACAAUCGUUCAUAUGACAGCAGCAAACGUAAGGUAAUCCUCACAAAAUACUCUUUUAACGAUAGUACACAAAGGAACAAACAGAAGAGGAAUUACGAUACGUAUGAUACAGAUAGUCAAAAUAAUUUCCGCUCUAAUAAUAAAAGACACAAGGAUGAUACCCACCAAAGCAGUAUUCACUAUGAUUACAAGUAUACACAACACGUAGGCAAUGACAACAAUGACAAUAUAAGUGACUUCUAUCCGCACGGCGGAGAACGUGGCAAUAGAAAUAAAUAUGCUGACCAAGGAAGCAGUAGACAUAACAAUAACAGUAGGUACAUUCAUGACAGUAGCAUUGGCGAUUACUAUUAUAAUGAUGGAGGGGGUCAGGACAACAGAAACAACGGCAGUCAUCAUUCAGGCAGUUACUAUAACAUACAUAACGAGAGCAAUGACGGCGCCAAGGGAUACACGAGUGGGCAAAUGCAUAAUGCUAGGUCGGGUCUAUACAAAUUCUCGAACGCCUCCAGUGGUAAUUUUAGUAAUCCAGGAGGUAGUGCCACCAUGAAGCCAAAUGUUAAUUCACAUGUGAAUAAAAAUAACUCGCACAGCAUGUACAGGAGCAAUCCCAAACGCCGCCAUGGCAAAGGCAACCACGGAAGUUACAGCAGUCAAAACAGGGGUAACGUAGCUUUCUACAAGCACAAUGACCACAGUGCGAAUGGACCUGUUAACAACAAAGGGGGAAACACCUUGUACAAAAGCAAGUAUAAGAACGUUCACCCUGAUAGAGGCGGUUACCAUGACUACCGAUAA